UGGUAGCCAUGGAAACGACAACGGCGUUCAGUUUCUCAGUGAGGAAGAGGCGGAGUGAUUUUCCUCUUGUAAUGUUUUUAUUUAGCGGACCAUGGAGCUCCCAGAGACACUUAGAAAACAUUUAGAAGACUUUUCUCGCAACGUUUUGUUUGACCAGAGUCGGACGGAGUCUUCCUCUAAAGACCGCGACGCGUUUUUGGCACACGACAAUCGAGUUCUUUCAAGCCUCCAGCUCCAGAUGUCUCUGUACUUUAACAUGUGGUUCUUCCCCUGGUGGUGGAUCAGUGAAACUGUAAUGCUGCAGCUUAAGUAUCCUGCUUUGUCAGACUACUACAAAAUCAUCCUUGUUACUAUUCUUAUCCUGAUGACGCUGAUCGAGGCUAUUCGACUCUACCUUGGUUAUGCCGGGAACUUGCAGCAAAAGGUCCCAGAGCUGGCUGGAUUUUGGCUCUUGAGCGUCCUGCUGCAGUUUCCAUUAAUCCUGUUUCAGCUCUUUAAUGAAGCCAUCCUCGUUCAGCCCCUGGAGAGAGGUGUUCACAUCGUCCUUGCCUUAUUCAUACUCACACAGGCCAUUUCUGGUUUUGUCGCGCUCCGCGACGUGGUCAGACACACAGAAAACCAAUUUCAUCUGCGACAGUUUGACUGACUUCUCAAACUCUGACGUCCACAUCUGGACACAUCUGGGCAAAACCUCUGCUCACAUCUCCAGGGUCACAGGCUGACAACAAGAAACUGUCACAUUUUGUCUUAGACAUGCUGCAUGGGGUAGCUGAUACUCAAGAUCCGUUAUUGAAAAUAGGGGAUUUUUAACAUAUAUUUUUUGUAUUUUAUUAACAUUUAUUUUAUUAAUAUGUUUUCACAUUUUGCAUUAAAAAAAACAUGAACAUGAUGUGAAUCCUUUGUC